CCUGACUCCCGAGCUACCAGCAGAGUGUGCGGCCGCAGGAACGGAGCGAUGCCCAAAUCAAAGGAACUUGUUUCUUCAAGCUCAUCUGUGAGUGAUUCUGACAGCGAAAUGGACAAAAAGGCAAAGAGGAAAAAGCGAGCAAUUCCAGAAAAACCCAUAAAGAAGCAGAAGACAGGAGAAAGUUCUAAAGCACCAGCUUCAUCCAAGCAAAGCAGCAGCCGAGAUGAUCAUAGGCUUCAGACUGGAAAAAUGAGAUAUGUCAGUGUUCGGGACUUUAAGGGAAAAGUCCUCAUUGAUAUUAGAGAACAUUGGAUGGAUCAAGAAGGUGAAAUGAAACCUGGUAGAAAAGGUAUUUCUUUAAAUCCAGAACAGUGGAGCCAGCUGCAGGAACGGACUUCUGAUAUUGGUGAUGCAGUAAGAAAACUAAAAUCAGAGCCGUGGACACUCUGCCAGAGCAGGGUAGGCCCUCCCCUGCUUGGGGAGCUGUCCAGCUUUAGGACAGCAGGUCCAGUAAGGAGUUUCCACGGGCUGCAGGCAGAUUCUACCAAGGCUUCCCCAGAAGGAUCCAGCCCCUCCACAGGGCAGCCCCUGGACCCAAGAAGCUGA